AUGGUUUUCUGGAGCGGCCUCCUCCUCCCCGUCCUCUACCUGACGAUCCUCAUCGGCAGUCUCGCCACCUUCUCCUCGCUCUACCGGAGAAGACAAAUCGCCAAAGCCGCGCAACUCGAAAGUUGGUUCCCUCCCCACCGGGCGCGCGACCUCUAUCUCAGCCUGCUCCACAUCGACCCGGCCGAGGCCAGCAGCGAGAGCGAGCAGAAGAUCACCCAGGUCCCGGAUUCAUUACUGAAGGCAGCGCUGUUGCGCCGGGCGCUGGAGGAUAUCCGUCGGAUCGUCCAGUUGCGAGGGUCGAAACAGGCGUUGCAGAAUUUGGUCCAGAGGGGUUCGGUGGGCGAUGAGCUGUGGCAGCGAUUCCAGCGGGCGGAACAGGAGAUGGAGGCGGAGGUGAAGGAUGUUGCACAAGAGGCGGAAGCGCUCGUUCCCGGCUGGGGCCAGGUCAUCUUCCAAUCGGCCAACGAAUUCAACCAGCACAACUUGCUCCGUGAGCGGAUUUUCGAAUUGAAGGAUAAGAAGGAGGCGGACAUCGCAUGGUGGGCAGCGAGGAAAGCAGGAAUCCAAUCGGAGUUCAUGAAGGAGUUGGAGGAGGAAGAAUUGAAGAAGGCCCAAGGCGGGGAGGGGGAAUGCGCUUGCCAUCGGCCGUUUGGUUUUCCUGGGGGAUUUGCGCCGCCGCUGCGCCCAUCGGAGAACAGGGGUUUUCGGCUGAUUAUCACUGUGUCGACGGGCAGUGGCGGCGGCGGCGGCAAAUGUCCUGCACCUCGUGGACAACCUCGAGUAGUAGUGUCCCAAUGA